AUGACAACCCUCACCGAAACGCCCAUGCUUCCUCCGUCCGGGGAAACCAGGAUCCUGCAAACUCGCGAGGCCAUCAAUGAGGCCUUGAUUCAGGAAAUGCGCCGCGACGAAACCGUAAUCAUCAUGGGCGAGGAAAUCGCCGGCGGCGCCGGCCGCGAACACCUGGGCAUCGUUGACGCCUGGGGCGGUGCCUUCCGCACCACGCGGGGCCUCAUCCAGGAGUUCGGCAACGAGCGCGUGCUGGAUACCCCGCUCUCCGAAGCCGCCUUCGUGGGAACCGCCAUUGGCGCUGCUUCCACCGGUAUGCGCGCCGUCGCCGAGCUCAUGUUCGUCGACUUCAUCGGCGUCUGCAUGGAUCAGCUGCUGAACAACGCCGCCAAGAUGCGCUACAUGUUCGGCGGUCAGGUCAAGGUGCCCUUCGUCAUGCUGACCCGGAUCGGCGCAGGAUUCGGCAGCGCGGCCCAGCACUCCGAAUCCUUCUACUCCAUCUUUAGCCAUAUCCCCGGCCUCAAGGGAGUUUGCCCGUCCGACGCUUAUACCGCCAAAGGUCUGCUGCUCGCCGCCAUCCGCGACGACGAUCCGGUGAUCUUUUUCGAGCACAAGGGAUUGUACGGAGAUACCUGUGCGGUCCCCGAGGAAAUGUACACCCUGCCCCUGGGCAAGGCCCGCACCGUGCGCCCCGGAACCGACCUCACCCUGGUGGGCAUCAGCAAGAUGACCUGGGUUGCUGUCGAGGCCGCCGAAGAACUGGCCAAAGAGGGUAUCAACGCCGAGGUCAUCGACCUGCUCAGCGUAUCGCCCAUCGAUUACGACCACGUAUUGGACUCGGUCCGCCGCACCCAUCGCCUCUUGGUGGUCGACGAGGACACCCCGGUUUGCAGUAUCUCAUCCGAUAUCUGCGCCCGCGCCGCCGAGGAAGCUUUUGACUACCUGGACGCUCCUCCCUCGCGGGUUACACCGCCCCAUACCCCGGUCCCGUACAGCCGCGCCCUGGAAAAUAUCUACCUCCCCAACGCGGAGCGGGUGGUCAACACCGCCCGCAGAUUGAUGGCCUAG